UAGGGGGCGGCGCGGGGAGCGGGGCGAGCAGAGGCAGCCGGGGCUGGAGAGGAAGCCGGAGGCGCGGGGAGCUAGCGGUGGCGGGGCACGGAGCUGCCUCCCCCUGCCUCGGGAGGCUGCCUGCAGAGCCGGGGACCGCUGGUGGCCCCGAGGCCGGGGCCGUGCAUCGCGGGGCAGCAUGAAGGCGGUGAGCCCCGUCCGGCACCCGGGCAGGAAGGCGCAGGCCGGGGGAGGUGGCGGCAGCGGCGGGGGGGAGCAGGCGGCGCCCCCGCGCUGCCUGGCUGAGCACAGCGGCUGCAAGGGAAGCCCGUCGGGCGAGGCGCUGUGCCUGCAGUGCGAUAUGAAUGACUGCUACAGCCGGCUGCGGAGGCUGGUACCCACCAUCCCGCCCAACAAGCGGGUCAGCAAAGUGGAGAUCCUGCAGCACGUCAUCGACUACAUCCUCGACCUGCAGCUGGCGCUGGAGACGCACCCAGCGCUGCUACGGCCGCCGCCGCCGCCGCCGCUACACCCGGCUGCCUGCCCCGCCGGCAGCGCCCGCAGCCCGCUCAGCGCCCUCAACACCGACCCGGCUGGCUCCGUGAACAAGCAGGGGGACAGCAUCCUGUGCCGCUGAACUCCGCACCCAAGGUGUGCAGCAGGCAGAUCCAGAGCCAGAGGAACAGAGAAAGGCACAUUAGAGAGGGAGGGGGAAAAGAAAUAUCAGCCAUCAGACCAGAGGAAAAAAUCAUUCAACCCCAGAGUCGUUUCCAUACUUCAUUCCAAGAGAGAACCUUUCACCAUUUUGCACAUCCAUAGCAUUUAAACGCAUCCUUUUUUGUUGUUUUUUUUCCCUGUUCCUUUUAUAUCAGAUGUGAAUUGUAUGUUUAUUUUGGUGGGAGGAGAUUUAAACCUUAAGCAGAAAAACAGGACUCUUCUGUUGGAUAGAAGAUCAAGAGUAAAUCAAACUUUAGAAGUAUAACUAUAAAAGGACAGAACAGCUGAAUUGUGAAGCUUUACUAAUCUACCAGAGCAUUGUAGAUAUAUUUGACAUCUAUUGUUUAAAAUAGAUGAUUUUAUUCGGGCCCAGGGAACUUUCUUCUCCCUGCAGGAAUGUUACAUAUUGUAUAGAUAAAUGAGUGACAUUUCAUACUGUGUAUAUAUAGAGAUGUUCUAUAAGUGUAAGUGAGAAAAGUAUAUGCUUUAAUAGACUACUGUAAUUAUAAAAUAUUUUUAAUUAAAUAUUUUUUGUAAAUAUGAUAAAGGUGUGUAUGUUUUUUUUAAUCUGUGGGUACAUUCCUUUAGAAAAUUAUUUACAGCUCAAGUACAGAGCUCCUAAUAUGAAAAUUAUCUUAAAUGUUGAGGAUUUUUCACCCAAUGUCUUUUAGACUCGGAAGUUACAGCUAUAGUUAGUGGUCCUGCAUGAUUGCAUGAGAUGUCUAAUUGCAAAUAAACUUGUUCUGAGUCAAUACAGACGUGUUUUCUUCAAUCUAGAUUGAAAAUGUUUGUAACUGUAUUAUACAUUUUGAAACUACAGUUUUGUCAGUUAGGCACAGGGGUUUUUAGUCCACUAUGUACAAGUAGCAUUAAAACAGUAGUGUUUUUUUACUGAGAUUAGAAAAACAAAGUAUAUCUACUUUUUUGCAUAUGGGGCAAUGCUUUAGGUCUCCAAUCAGCUUUUAUAAAAUCUGCUCUUGCAUCAAAAUCAAGGAACUUGCUAGGGAAAAUUCAUUUAACACCAAAAGGUUUAUCAUCACAAACUCUCAUUCUGAUAUUUAAAUAAGUGAAAACAAGUUUUUUUUUCUGCUUGCAACCAAAGGGCAAAACCAUUGAUAAAUAAACAGCUACUAUUUCCUUCGUCCAAAGAAUAUUGAUACCGGACUGUGGAAAAGCACACGGGCAAAGUCAUUAUGAUCAAUGAUGUAAAUCCAUCUUAACAUGAACUUAAGUAGACCAAAAAUCGGAUAACUGCAUCAAGAUUAUUUUUCUAAUACAAAAUGACUAUCACUUCAUUGCAGCUAUGUUACAGUUAAAAUCCUGUUUAAUCUCUGUGAUGUGUAAUUUCUACAUGUAAACAUUAAACUAGAUUUGCCUGUC